AGAAAAAAACUUAAAAUCAUGAGAAGAAACUUGAGAUUAUCAACCAACCUAUUGAAGUGGUGAAAGAGAUGAUUCAUAUAUUGUUAUUUGUGCUAUAUAUGUUGAGUAGUUAUGUUAGUUAUAAAGUUGACGGAAUUCUAUCUGUACCAAAGGAAGAUUUGAUGUUAGAGAGAAAACUUGAAAUUAUUAAUAAGCCUUUGAUUAAGAGUAUUCAUAUGGAAAGUGGACAAAUUGUUGAUUGCAUUGACAUUUAUAAACAACCAUCAUUUGACAAUCCUUUACUAAAGGAUCAUAAGUUGCAGAGAAAACCCAACUUUCAAAAUGCAAGUGGAGAGACAAGACAGAAAACUUUAGGAACAAUACCCAUGUUUGGAUUGGGUAAGGAUGAAUGUCCGAUGGGAACUGUUCCUAUAUUGAGAACAAUUAAAGAUGACCUUAUUAAAGAAAAAUCGUUACUCAACGAUCAUAUAUUGGUUCAAGAUAUUUCUGGUGUUCAUAUUGCAGAAGUUGCCCUUAAACCACAUUAUGGUCCUUAUUACGGAGUCGGAGGUAUAAAUAGUAUUUUUAAUCCACGAGUUGAUACCAAGUGUCAAAUCUCUAUGUCUCAUUUAUGGGUUCAAAAUGGUGCCAAAGAAUCCACUAACAAGAUCUCAUUGGGAUGGCAUGUGAGUCCCCAGCUGUAUGGUGAUCAUGCAACCCAUUUUUAUAUGUCAUGGACGUCAGACAACUACAGACGGACAGGAUGCUACAAUCUUUUAUGUGCAGGUUUUGUUCAAACUAACAGAAAAAUUUACUUUGGUGAACCAAUAUCUCUCACCUCUCAGGAUGGAGGACCAAUUUACGACGUUGCCUUCUCCAUUUCUCAGGAUUCCGUGACAAAAAAUUGGUGGAUAAGUAUAAACGAAAAUUCUAUUGGAUAUCUUCCAGCAAAAUUGUUCUCAAACAUGAGCUCAGCUAAUGAAGUAGGUUGGGGUGGAAGAACAGGAACUCAUCCUAAUACUCAAAGUCCUCAAAUGGGGUCUGGUCAUUUUCCUCAUGAUAAUCCUCUGCACGCUUGUUACUUUAGAAAAGUUUCGAUUCAAGAUAAUAAAAGAAAAACUCGUGCAGCUAAAGUAUAUCAAACUCAUUCUUUCACUGAUAAUCUCAAAUGUUAUGAUGUUAGAUACUUUGGAGAUCAAGACCCUUACUAUUAUUACGUUGUACUGUUUGGAGGACCCGGUGGUAAUUGUGGCAAUUAAUUUGCUUUUUAAUUAAACUUUAGAUGAAGUUAACAAAAACUAGCCAGAUUUCUAAUAAACUACUUCUAUAAUAUUCUUAUUUGCA